AUGAAUGACAUAUUACCAGCACCAAGUCUAGUUAAAUAUAGUAAUCCAAUUCUCAUAUCAAACAGUUAAAAGAAAUAAAUCAAACAAUCGCCUCCUAGUAAUACAGAAGAUAUUUUGAAUGCUAUUCUGUUGCCUAGAGAAUUUAAUCAUUAGAAAAAUUAAUUGCAAAUUUAAUGUGUUUCUCCUGCACCUUCAACUAAAUAAGAUGUGCUAGAAUUAUAAGACAAAUUAGAUAAAUGGUUAUAAUAGAGGCUUUCUAGAGAGACUGGAUUAUGCCCAAUAAGAGAGGAGUUAUAUUCAUAAUGUUUUGAUGAAUUGAUACGAUAAAUCACAAUAAAUUGCGCAGAAAGAGGUAUGCUGCUUGUCACAGUGCGUAAUGAAGUUCGAAUGGUUAUAUAAACAUACUAAACAUUAUAUGCAUCAAGUAUUGCUUUUGGAAUGAGAAAGUUUUUGUCUGAAGAAGAAAAGAAAGUAUAAAAUAAGCAUAAAAUAUAAUAGGCUGAAUAUAGAUAAAGGAUAAAACAAUUAGAAUAAGAAUGUUCGGAUCUAUAAAGAUAAGUUGAGAGUUUAGAGCAUAAGCUUGAGGAUACAAAAUAAUUGGAUUAAAAAGCUAGAGAAUAAACUAAAGAAACACAUAUGGAAAUCAUAUCCUAAUUAAAAUCAGAAAUUAAAACUAAAGUCUCUGGAGAUUUAGAAAAGAUACUUACAGGAUAAAAAAAAUUACCUGAUAAAAAAUGACAGUAUCUAUUUUUUGAUAACCAAAAUUUAAG